CUUAGCACCGAAUGGCCGCCGUCUGGAGCUAAGACCGUUUAUGAGUCAGACCAGGAUGAGGGCGAGAACGGCGAAGCUCUGAAGCAGAUGCAUGGCAGUUGCGGCUACGUUAAACAGCAGAUCAGGAAGGAGCGUCUGACAUUGUAUGAGUGGUCGAAGAACGAUGAUGACGAAGAAUUAAAAGUCACACAACCAUACAAACGCCUAUUUACGCGUCGGACGUCUCUGACAUCCUUAACAAUUCUGGAGAUCGUUCGGCGAUGA